AUGUCGGAAGCGACAAAUCCAAGCAAGUUAGAAAACUCCGACGAGUUGUUGGGAGCCGGCCAAAACACGCAGUUUGCUCGCGGGUCGAUCAGCGGAGCUGGCGAUGACGACGAUGACGAUGAGCCUUCCAGCGGCAAACAACAGAAGGAAAGACGUAAGAUCGAGAUCAAGUUCAUUCAAGAUAAGUCCAGAAGACAUAUAACGUUCUCCAAGAGAAAGGCAGGUAUCAUGAAGAAGGCCUACGAGUUGUCGGUGUUGACCGGUACUCAAGUCUUGUUGCUUGUUGUCAGUGAAACGGGACUCGUGUAUACAUUCACCACGCCAAAGUUGCAGCCUCUUGUCACCAAGAGUGAAGGAAAGAACUUGAUCCAAGCCUGUUUGAACGCUCCCGAGGAAGGUUUGGGUGAGGACCAAGCAGAGAACAGUGACGGGCCAUCUCAGGAAAGCCCCGAGCCAAGCCCUGCUCCUCAUCAACCACAACACGUCGCUCACUCGGGAGUCGUUCCUCCACACCAACCAAACGCACACCAACAACAACAGCAACAGCAACAACAACAACAAUUGCCUGCUGCGCACAUGGCUCACAACAUGUCUUACCAAGGCCAGGGACAUCCUCUGGGAGGAAUGCCUAUACCACAGGUGGGCGGCUAUGGUGAUCCAUACCAGUAUUUCGGUGCGAUGAACAACGGCAACAUGCCAAACCAGCAACAGUAUCAGUAG